AGUUUAACCUUUGAAAAAGGGAGCACUGCAGUUGUGAUAUAAAGCACACACAAAAAAAUCUAACACAUCGCUGGAGGAAUUCAAAGAUUCCGGCAACAUCUAUGAGGGGUAUGCAAUGCAUCAGUCUGAAGAAAGUAUGAAUUGCGAUGAAGAGCAAGUGCCAAAGUCAGAGCCAGGGCCAGGGGUAUUUGAAUGCAGCUUAUGUGGACUCAGAGCACCGUGUAACUACUAUGGACAAAAACCUCCAAAUGCACGUUCUAUUGUACUACUCGAGAAAUGCUACACCAUGAAUGAUCCAUUCAUUUCUCAAAAGGACAGGUUUCUUACAAUUGGAUCUCAUUGUAGUCUGUGCAACAAAAUUGUAUGUGUUGGGCAAGCAACAUUUUAUAGGUCAAUUUGGAUGGAAUAUCUUCUUGCAGAACUCUAUAUUUAGCGUUUGCACAACUCUCCCUUUAGACCUGGUCCAGCAGGCAAACCACAAUUUCAGAAGGAAACUGGAACUAUUGUGAAAAUUAUGCUUAAUUGUGAACAAUUUGAUAAGUGCAACAAGGCAAUGUAAUGGAAAAAGUAGAAGAAAGAGACCCACUGCUUUUAUAUAUGGUUGGUUACACAGAAGCAGUUUAUGAUGAUAUACCAUGAGAUAAAACUGCAAGGAAAUCCUAAAUGGGAGAAAAGACUAACUAUAAAUUCAAAAAGAAUAACAUUAAAUAAUUUCAAGGCAAUGUAUGUUGGUGUGGCAAAGGAUGCCAGAGCAGUCAAAUGUGAAUUUGUGCACAUUAUACCUUGCUGCUCAUGACUUAUCCAUCCCAGCUGAAUAUCAACACUAAAUGUGAGAAUUGUUCACCUCUGACCUUGUUGUGUACCGAGAAACAGGAAGGGAAAUAAAGGACUUAAAGGGUAAGAUUAAAUUUCACCUCAAAAAAACAAUUUUCAUUCAUGAGUAAAUGGUUUGACAAGUUUGCUUCUAAUUUUAUGUGUUCAGGAUAGGGCAUGUUUGGUUUACACAAAACAAAGCUUCAAAGUUUCAAUAAAUUGACACCAUUAGGUGGCAGCAAAGUCUCAACACAGUUUUGCUUUUAACAUUUCUCUCCAAAUGCACAGCACGUCAGGACAUGGGUUGGGACUGUGCUGGAUCAGACCUGCUGUUCAGAUCGGUUUUAUGUGCUCCUCAUGCUAGUACAGCCUAGUAGAGAUGUGUACAUAGAAUUUUGCUGGGUGUCUAGAUUGAGGAGGAAUCCGGUAAGAUGCAGCGAGUCUUUCGAAGAUUUCGAAGUACUUAAGCAUAAAAUCUUGCCUGGAAAACAUUGUCAAAUUGCCACAAGAGAACAGAGAGGAUAGUUUUUUAUCUUGUGUCUAGUUUUCGGGUGUCAUCAGUCUGAAGAAGGGUUUCGGCCCGAAACUUUGCCUAUUUCCUUGGCUCCAUAGAUACUGCCUCACCCGCUGAGUUUCUCCAGCAUUUUUGUCUUACCUUCGAUUUUCCAGCAUCUGCAGUUCCUUCUUAAAAACCUACAAACCUGUAUGUCUUUGGAGUGGGCGAGAAAACCGGAGCACCCGGAGAAAACCCACGUAGUCACAGGCAGAACUUGAAAACUCCGUACAGGCAAAUUUGCUGUGGAGAUGAAGUAAAAUGUGGGAAGAGCACUGAGACAAGGCUCCUAUACCAAUACAACCCCACCAGUCUCCCAUCACUAGAGCGAGCAGAUCAGAUCAUGUCCUUUGGAUCUCUGGAUUGCAAUAUGUGACCCUGCAGUCUUUAUCGGUGUUGCCUACGUGUAAAAGACAGCACAUGGAAAUCAACACGGGGGUUCAGUGGUUGCUGACGUGUGAGAUAUUUCUUGUUUAAUUGUGAAUGAACUGUCAAGGACAGUCACGACCUUUCGAUCCAGUAUCUGUCCCUGGGACAUGACGUACGGGGCUGAGGCUGCAACAGGGUGAAUCCCAACUGGGAUUCAACCGGAAAUCGGUACAAACAUUUCAAAACACGCACUGCACAAUCUUUCCCGGUGCAGUUUAUGUUUAAUGUACAGGUGGAAAUGGGUUCAGUUUCUGUAGUGACAAUCUGUCUCUGUAAACACGAGCACGUCAAAACGAAGGAAACUUUUUUUCUGCAAAAAAAAGGGCAGAAGCGAGAAAUCAAUUCAUUACGUCAAAAGAAAGAAAAGUUACAAUUAUGUCAUUCCAGGAUGACACAGUUUUGACCCUGAAAAAGAUUGAAGUUAUAUUCUCAGUUGUCACUGACCUAGAAACCAAUGUUUCUCAACUGGUAAUGGACCAUGGUGAGUAACAGACCACAAACACGUCAUUCAAUGGGCAAUCAAAUGUUUACACAGAUAUUGAUAAAGGGUAACUUAUAGAAUGUGACUUUAGAACCUAUCAAACCAUAUCAAAUAUCAAAAGAAGCAGAUGGCUUCUAUUCUAGUGUUUAUAGCUUGGGUGUUGGUUUAAUAUCUCAGCCAAAAGAAGGUGUCGCUUAGUUUAGUUUAGAGAUGCAGCGCAGAAACAGGCCCUUCGGCCCACCAAAUUCCGCAGCCGAUCAGGGCAUUUUUUAGAGCGGAGUUUGAUAGGUUCUUGCUUAGUAAAGGCGUCAAUUGUUACGGGGAGAAGGCAAGAGAAUAAGAUUGAGAGGUAGAAAAAGAUCAGGCAAGGAGACUCAAUGUGCCAAAUGGUAUAAUUCUAAUCCCAUGUCUUAUGAUUUUAUUAGAAAAUGGGUGGAAUACAAUAGUCAAAAAGGUUUAUUUUUAGUGAAAUCACAUGGGUUACUGCAUACAGCGUUGUUCUCCUUUUCCAAGAAUAUAUGUUCCCUGGAGUCCCAGUGGGAUAAGAAUUCACUCGAUAGAUUCUAGGUAUGAAGGCGUUACAUUACAAAGUUGAGCUUGCACUCAUUGAAGUCUGAGAGAAUGAGAGACAAUCUCAUUGAUCCACAAGCUUCUGAUGGGCUUUAAAAAGUAGAAGGCGUGAAGAUAGUUCCCUGAUGGGGGGAAAUCAAGUACAAGAAAGACAAUAUUGGUAUUUAGGAAUAUAUAUUUCAGACUCGGUUGCAAAAUAAUUUCUUCCCUCAAAGUGUGGAUCUUUGGGAUUCUUCAUCCAACAGUAAAAAUGUCACUAGGUAACAAGCCAUUAAACAUAUUCAUGGAGAAUUACACCAAUGCUCUGCAAGUUAAAGAGAGCAAAGACUGUAAACUAA